AUGUCAUGGGUACUUCAAGCUGAAACCGAAUUGGAUCUCAAAGACUGGAUUUCGUGUUUUGAGUCUGCAAAACGUCAUGCUUUCAGUUCAUCAAACGAUCUAGCAUCUUCUGCCGCUGCGACAGUAAUUCCGCACAAAGAGCUUGGAGGCGAUACCAGUCAAUCCGCCGCUGAAGAUGGUGAACAUUCCAACGACGACCAUGCAUCCACACCGAGACCUAUCAGUGAAAACUCGCAAAAUGACUCGUUGGAAUUGCCCCCUUCGGAAUCAAGGCGAAACUCCGUUAACAAUGCAAAUAUAAUAAGCAAAAGAAGUUCAACUUCCACAUUGUCGACCACAACUCCGGGCGCACGAUUAGCACCGCAACAUAGUUACCCUACUUACCCGCCGCCUUUGAGGAAUCAAGGUUCAAUGAACGCGAUCGUCACCACCAACAAUGGUAGUAAUGGUAAUAAUGGGAGUCAGUCUGCCCCGUCGUCGGCAGGUGGAAAUAACGAAAAAUCUGUCAACCCUACCGUACCACCUUCAUCAACAUCAUCUAAUCAACAGAAUUUUUGGGGUAGCAUUCAGUGGGGCAUAAUGCCGGCGAUGAAUAUGUUGAUUAAUAGUGUUAACGGGUCAGAAGGGGAUGGGGAUGAGGAUGGAGAGGAUUUUAAGUGGAAGAAGAAGUUUUUUUCAAAAAUCAAGAAUAACAGAUCACGCAGCGGGAGUGGGCCUGUCGGAUUUGGAAUUGAUGGGUGGGUAAUCUUUAUCACUGGUGCAGAAUAUCCACAAAUAUUGAUGGCGCAUAAUCUGCAACUUCACCUACUAUUUGAAGACAUGUCAGAAAGAGAGUUUUUACUAGAUGUGUAUCAAGGUGGAUUGGUGAAGGAUGAUAAUCUGUUCAGAGGACGCGUGUAUUUCACGCAGGAUCGACUUUAUUUCUAUUCGGUGGUGAUGAGUGUUGUCAAUAAAUUCUACAUUCCAUGGCGAGAAAUAAAAUUAGUGUCCCUCGAGGCGACCAAUCCUCAGCAAAUUGUGGCAUUUUCUGACGUGAGUGACCAAAAGUAUGUUAUAAAAUUUUUUUUGAACGAUGACAGAUCAUUUUAUGAAAAAGCCCUGUUGAUCUGGAGACUCGUCACGGGUGAAAAGGUUCCGACGUUACAAGGUAUCUAUGAUGCGUUAUGGAACGAAUCGCAGAACAAGAAUGCGCCUCUGAGAGAAGCUAACGAAAAGUCGACUGAGACGAGCGAAGUCGAGAUGUAUUAUAGUAAUGAAGCAGACGAGAAUAAUGGCACAUUGUCGUCCGAAAAAUAUGCACAUGAGUCGAGAACUCAACCAGAAACUGACGACAAAUACAGAAAUAACGACGAAAUCCAUGGAAACCAUGAUAAAACACCUAAUAAAAUUAAUCACGGUGACAGUAAUCAUGAAAACGAAUUUCCCUUUGGAAAAAACAGCGGUGGCAAUUCCUUAAAGGCACCCAAGCCCAUUAGGCCUGGAUUUUCUACAGUCCAACCGAGAGGAGAUGAGGAUCAACCAUCAAUUCUCCCAACUAGUCCAGUUGCUUGUGGCUGUUUUGAUCAUCUCGAAAAAUUAGAGGUGGAAGUUGAGUAUCCGGUGUCGGCUCGAAAACUAUACCAAACAUUAUUUGAAAAUAGUUCAUUAUGGGAACGAAUGCAUCAGAGGAAAAGACACACUUUGCAAUAUGUUGGCGCUUGGGCGGCAGAUGAAGAUGGCGUGAGGAGGCGAGAGCUCAGGUUUAUUAUGUCGAUUCCGAUUGGUGGUUCUGCAUCCAAAGCAAAAGAAACCGAAUGCAUUGAGACACACACAUGUCAGAGGUGUGACGAUUACACGUAG